UGCCUGCUUUCUCCCUGCAUCAUGCCUGCUUUCUCCCUGUAUCCUGCCUGCUUUCUCCCUGCAUCCUGCCUGCUUUCUCCCUGCAUCCUGCCUGCUUUCUCCCUGCAUCCUGCCUGCUUUCUCCCUGCAUCCUGCCUGCUUUCUCCCUGCAUCCUGCCUGCUUUCUCCCUGCAUCCUGCCUGCUUUCUCCCUGCAUCCUGCCUGCUUUCUCCCUGCAUCCUGCCUGCUUUCUCCCCGCAUCCUGCCUGCUUUCUCCCUCCAUCCUGCCUGCUUUCUCCCCGCACCCUGCCUGCUUUCUCCCUGCACCCUGCCUGCUUUCUCCUUGCAUCCUGCCUGCUUUCUCCCUGUAUCCUGCCUGCUUUCUCCCUGCAUCCUGCCGGCUUUCUCCCUGCAUCCUGCCUGCUUUCUCCCUGCGUCCUGCCUGCUUUCUCCCUGCGUCCUGCCUGCUUUCUCCCUGCAUCCUGCCUGCUUUCUCCCUGCAUCCUGCCUGCUUUCUCCCUGCAUCCUGCCUGCUUUCUCCCUGCAUCCUGCCUGCUUUCUCCCUGCAUCCUGCCUGCUUUCUCCCUGCAUCCUGCCUGCUUUCUCCCUGUAUCCUGCCUGCUUUCUCCCUGCAUCCUGCCUGCUUUCUCCCUACACCCUGCCUGCUUUCUCCCUGCAUCCUGCCUGCUUUCUCCCUGCAUCCUGCCUGCUUUCUCCCUGCAUCCUGCCUGCUUUCUCCCUGCAUCCUGCCUGCUUUCUCCCUGCAUCCUGCCUGCUUUCUCCCUGCAUCCUGCCUGCUUUCUCCUUGCAUCCUGCCUGCUUUCUCCCUGCAUCCUGCCUGCUUUCUCCCUGCAUCCUGCCUGCUUUCUCCUUGCAUCCUGCCUGCUUUCUCCCUGCAUCCUGCCUGCUUUCUCCCUACAUCCUGCCUGCUUUCUCCCUGCAUCCUGCCUGCUUUCUCCCUGCAUCCUGCCUGCUUUCUCCCUGCAUCCUGCCUGCUUUCUCCCUGCAUCCUGCCUGCUUUCUCCCUGCAUCCUGCCUUCUAUAUCCAUACCUCCUGCUUUCUAUAUCCCUUGUUCGUCCAUUCUAUCUCAAUGGCUUCUAUCUAGAUGCCUCUUAUCUCCUUGCCUCCUGCAUUCUACCUCCCUGGCUUAUGCUUUCUAUCUCCCUGAAUUAUGCCUUCUAUCUCCAUCCUUCUGCCUUCUAUCUCACUGCCUUCUACCUCCAUGCCGUAUGCCUUACAUCUAAAUGCCUUAUAUCUCCAUGCCUCCUCCCUUCUAUCUCCCUUCCAUUUAUCUCCCUGCCGUACGUCUUCUAUGUCCCUGACUUAUGCCUUCUAUCUCACUGCCUUCUAUCUCACUGCCUUCUAUCUCACUGCCUUCUAUCUCACUGCCUUCUAUCUCACUGCCUUCUAUCUCACUGCCUUCUGUCUCACUGCCUUCUAUCUCACUGCCUUCUAUCUCACUGCCUUCUGUCUCACUGCCUUCUGUCUCACUGCCUUCUAUCUCACUGCCUUCUAUCUCACUGCCUUCUAUCUCACUGCCUUCUGUCUCACUGCCUUCUGUCUCACUGCCUUCUGUCUCACUGCCUUCUAUCUCACUGCCUUCUGUCUCACUGCCUUCUAUCUCACUGCCUUCUAUCUCACUGCCUUCUAUCUCACUGCCUUCUAUCUCACUGCCUUCUAUCUCACUGCCUUCUAUCUCACUGCCUUCUAUCUCACUGCCUUCUGUCUCACUGCCUUCUGUCUCACUGCCUUCUGUCUCACUGCCUUCUGUCUCACUGCCUUCUGUCUCACUGCCUUCUAUCUCACUGCCUUCUGUCUCACUGCCUUCCGUCUCACUGCCUUCCAUCUCCCUGCCUUCUAUCUCACUGCCUUCUGUCUCACUGCCUUCUAUCUCACUGCCUUCUGUCUCACUGCCUUCUAUCUCACUGCCUUCUGUCUCACUGCCUUCUAUCUCACUGCCUUCUAUCUCACUGCCUUCUGUCUCACUGCCUUCUGUCUCACUGCCUUCUAUCUCACUGCCUUCUGUCUCACUGCCUUCUGUCUCACUGCCUUCUAUCUCACUGCCUUCUAUCUCACUGCCUUCUAUCUCACUGCCUUCUAUCUCACUGCCUUCUGUCUCACUGCCUUCUGUCUCACUGCCUUCUGUCUCACUGCCUUCUAUCUCACUGCCUUCUAUCUCACUGCCUUCUAUCUCACUGCCUUCUGUCUCACUGCCUUCUGUCUCACUGCCUUCUGUCUCACUGCCUUCUGUCUCACUGCCUUCUGUCUCACUGCCUUCUGACUCACUGCCUUCUAUCUCACUGCCUUCUAUCUCACUGCCUUCUAUCUCACUGCCUUCUGUCUCACUGCCUUCUGUCUCACUGCCUUCUGUCUCACUGCCUUCUGUCUCACUGCCUUCUGUCUCACUGCCUUCUAUCUCACUGCCUUCUAUCUCACUGCCUUCUAUCUCACUGCCUUCUGUCUCACUGCCUUCUGUCUCACUGCCUUCUAUCUCACUGCCUUCUGUCUCACUGCCUUCUAUCUCACUGCCUUCUAUCUCACUGCCUUCUAUCUCACUGCCUUCUAUCUCACUGCCUUCUGUCUCACUGCCUUCUGUCUCACUGCCUUCUGUCUCACUGCCUUCUGUCUCACUGCCUUCUGUCUCACUGCCUUCUGUCUCACUGCCUUCUAUCUCACUGCCUUCUGUCUCACUGCCUUCUAUCUCACUGCCUUCUAUCUCACUGCCUUCUGUCUCACUGCCUUCUGUCUCACUGCCUUCUAUCUCACUGCCUUCUGUCUCACUGCCUUCUAUCUCACUGCCUUCUGUCUCCCAGCCUUCUGUCUUUAAUCUCACUGCUUCCUGCCUUCUAUCUCCCUGCUUCAUGCCUUGUAUCCCUGCCUCUUGCCUCCAUCUCCCUGCCUCCUGCCUUCUAUAUUGCUGCCUCCUGCCUUCUAUCUCCCUGCUUCAUGCCUUGUAUGCCUCCAUCUCCCUGCCUCCUGCCUUCGCACUCCCUGCCUUCUGCCUUCUAUAUUGCUGCCUCCUGCCUUCUAUGGCUUUGUGUGAAUCCUGAUUGUGUCAGCAGUGAGUCAGCCUGUCUAUCCUAUCUCAGUGCUACUUGCCUCCUGCCUCCAGCCUGAAGAUCAGUAAAAGAAUGCUGAGCUAGGGGCUAUGUCCUUGGUGGCCUUGUGGUACGAGGCAGCUCCACAGGAAAUCACUUUUGAUGCUCCUCUGCAGUUAACCAGCUCGCCCACUCUAAACACUAAUUGUGGAUAAA